CGUCGGGCAGGGAUCAUCUGGCGGUCGAUGCAAUCUACGACAAAUUGCUGGAUGCUUUACACGUCUUCCUUCCCAUGCAUGCUCUAUUUAACGUUCGUACACGCAGUAUAGUGCCCGUUCGAGAUGCUACUAAGUGAUGGGAUACGUGGAUAGAGGCUCAUGGAGUAUGGUUUCGGCAAUGAUUCCCAGUGUGCUGAGACAUCACGGCUUUUGCAAUGUCAAUGUAGCUAUCGGCGGCUCCUGCAUCCAUGUUCUACCAUUUCAAGAGACUCUGUCGCAAAGUCCUCGAGUUGUCGACUCCCCUGCCAAAAAUGGAGCAAGGGAUGAGUUCCAUCGAUCGCAUCGCAGGUUCUCUCCAGAAUCUAUCACCAAAGUGGGCAUAUGGGCGAUAGAAGAAUAUGACAAAAGCAUGAAGAAAAUACGAUACGAGACUUCAACGCCAAACAAUAAUAACUGUAUAAUCUGGAGAGAUUCAUUGCAGAAUCGGUACGUGCUGGAGCUUGGUCAUUGCGUACCUAGCAGGAAGGCGGGAUGGGUUGCAGCUGGCAGUUUGGCAUCUCCUCAACAUCUCUUUGCUAAACCACCAAAUUCUCCAAUCUCUUCCCAGAAGGUUCCUCUGAGCUGAUGUUAUGCUUGUUCUGUUCCCUCUCUCCAAGUUUGAAGACCUCUGUCUUUGAUCCACUAGCGGCAAAGAGCUGCUUGAAUGAAGGGAAAUAGACAGAGAGAGAUCUGAUGACUGGACUUGCGCUCCACAACCAAGCUUUUCUCGUCGCGUAUCAUCGG